CACACACACACACACACACACACACACACACACACUCACUCAAACCCUCUUCAAGCUCCUCCACCUCCACCAUGGCAGCCUCCACCCUGUCCAUCUGCUCCAGUGACCUGAGCUAUGACUAUCCAGAGAGCUGCUGCGAGCCCCCCUGCUGUGCCCCCAGCUGCUGCGCCCCGGUCCCCCGCCUGACCCUCCUCUGCGCCCCAGUGAGCUGCGAGUCCAGCCCCUGCUGCCAGCCAGCCUGCAGCAGCUCCUGCUCAGCCUCGUGCUGCCAGCAGUCCAGCUGCCAGCCUUCCUGUUGCACCUCCUCCCCCUGCCAGCAGGCCUGCUGUGAGCCUGUCUGCUGCAGGCCCGUCUGCUGCACACCUGUCUGCUGCACACCUGUCUGCUCUGAGGGUUCCCCGUGCUCAGCCCCCUCGUCCUGCUGCAGACCCUCCUCCUCCGUGUCCCUGCUCUGCCGGCCCGUGUGCCGCCCCGCCUGCUGUGUGCCCACCUCCUCUUGCCAGCCCAGUUGCUGCCGCCCGGCCUCCUCUCUGUCCCUGCUCUGCCGGCCCGUGUGCCGCCCCACCUGCUGUGUGCCCACCUCCUCUUGCCAGCCCAGUUGCUGCCGCCCGGCCUCCUCUCUGUCCCUGCUCUGCCGGCCCGUGUGCCGCCCCGCCUGCUGUGUGCCCACCUCCUCUUGCCAGCCCAGUUGCUGCCGCCCGGCCUCCUCUGUGUCCCUGCUCUGCCAGCCUGCAUGCUCCCGCCCGGCUUGCUAUGUCCCCGCCUUGGCCCUGGAGCCCUGCUGCUGAGUGUUCCUCUCAAGGUCAUCCCAAAGUGUGCGAACUCACAGUCAUCUGCAACCUUGGACUCCUUACUGAGAGCCUAGACAGCUUUCCCAUCACCUCCCCAGGCCCUGCCGUGAACGCCACCAGGUCACCCCUCCUGGGACUGGCACACCCACUUCUUCCAGUGCUGACUCCCCUCCCGCCACCCUGUCCUGGGUCAGCCUUCCCUCCACAGCCUGUGUUGGCAGCCCAGCUCUCCCAGGGGUUUGAGCCUCAUGUGGCAUGAAAGAAGAGAUGAUAAAUGCUUGGACUUGGUUUCUCACCCUCGUCCCCUGAGCUCUGGUGCAACCCCUGCUCCUCUACUCGUUCCUAAGCUGGUCUCAAUUUCUCCUCCCCUGUGAACUGUCAGUCCCUUCCAAUAAAUUCCUUUCCUGAUCAGUUUA